AUGGCCAAACCUCACCCAUCUUGGGGUCUCGCUGGCCCCGAGACUCCCGCAUCACCGCGGACGAUGCGAACACUCCGAAAGAUCCAAUCGCAUCAAGUCCUAACCACCUCCAACGCCCUUAUUGCCCAGACUCAAUCUCGCCCAUCGCCAGCUCGUACUCACGAUUCCAAUUCGACAGACUCACCAGGUGGUCCAACGCGGACCCUCACCCAUCGAAGGGCUCGCUCCAACAGCGAUGCGGCCGCCCGGGAAGCCGCACUGACAGCACCUAUUCCACACCACAGACGCCCUGCUAGAAAGACUGGCUCGGGGAUAGGAGUCAAGCGAUCACUUCUGGAGAAUCUGCUUCGCGAUGGACCGCAAAAUGGAAAGACGCAGGAAGGGCUGCAAGAGUUGAAGUAUCUGGUUCUCUCGACCAAGGUCGAUGCAGAUGGCGACGGCAUGUCCCCUUACCGGAUUUACCUGUGGCUUGUUCUCCUGAAUAUCCCACCCGUUCCCACGGACGACUACCUGACUCUCGUCCACCGAGGCGGCUCUCCUGCCUACACGAAGAUCCGCAACGACACCUUCCGAACACUCGCCACAGACCCCCUUUUCAAGCGCCGCGUGACAGAGGCAAGUCUAAUCCGACUACUUAACGCGGUCGCAUGGAAACUCCAUGAUUCAAAACCGAAAUCUCGGUCCCGACCUACUUCCUCCCGACGACGAGAAAUGGAACUUUUAGUAAACACGCCCCCAAGCAUUGCCGAGGAACCCGGCUCCUCCGACUCCGCGAUCUAUGUCCAAGGAAUGAACGUUCUCUGCGCUCCAUUCUUAUACGCAGCUCGGAGCGAAGUCGAAGCAUUCGCCUUGUUCCACUAUUUCGUCACGCAAGAAUGUCCCGGAUAUAUCCGCGGCGCAUUGGAUGGCGUUCACAAAGGCCUGCGGCUAGUCGAUCGAUGUCUUGAGAUCGUCGAACCUAAACUUGCCGCGUAUCUCGCUUCGAAAUCUCUAACGGCGGAACUGUACGCUUUCGCGUCUGUUCUUACGCUUUCUGCUUGUACGCCGCCGUUGCCGGAGGUUCUGCACCUGUGGGACUUCCUAUUUGCGUACGGUCCCCACCUCAAUAUUCUCUGUAUUGUUGCUCAGUUGGUCCGAAUACGGGACACGAUCUUUCAAAGUGACAGCCCCGGGAGAGUUCUUCGAUCCUUCCCUCCGCUUGAAGCUAAGGGCAUCAUAGCGAUGGCAGUUUCAUUUAUCCCGGAAAAUCCCGGCCGAUCUCUACGAAGAGAUGAUUAA